AUGAAAAGUAUCAAUUCUGAUUUUACUACAAAUAUUAAAAAUGAACAAUGGAAAUUAGAUUUUAUGUUUGCCAUUGACAUUAUUGAAAAGUUAAAUGAAUUGAACAAUAAACUUCAAGGCAAUGGUUUGUUUGCACAUGACAUUUAUUACCAUGUUAAAUUAUUUCAAUCAAAACUUGCCCUGUUUUCUAGACAAGCAGAUGAAAACAAAAGAUUUGAAGAUUUUAAAAACCUGGAGCCUUUGUUUACAAUUCUCACAAUACCAUUUUGUAUAAAAGCUGAUGAAAUACCUCAAGACUUGCAGUUGGAACUGCUGGACAUGCAAGCAAAUUGUGAACUGAAAGAAAAGUUUAAAUCAGGUCUUUUGUUAGAAUUUUAUGGCUCUCUGUCUGAUGUAGCAUUUCCAAAUUUUAAAAGAUUUGCUGCAAAAAUGUUUUCAAUAUUUGGAUCCACAUAUAUAUGCGAACAA